GUAAGGUGAAAUUUAUAUAAGGUAGCGGAGAUGGCCGUGAAUUUAGAGUGUAGAGUUGUUAGCUGUAGGUACCCUAAACUGUCCUAACUGUAGUGUUACGGUGGAGGGGUCUAGUGGCAUUGACUUGCCUAAUUUGUCGCUAUAGAAUGGCUUGCGCACCUACAUAGUACGCUUUAGAAAAAAGUUUGAAAAGGUCCCCUUGUUACCUCCCCCGGUGAUCCCAACGACCCCUCCAUAGCCCCACGUCAAAAAAAGCGCUCUCUAAUACAAUGCCCCACUAAAAGUUUCUUUCCCUUCAUGUCCCAGUCGCAACUCAAACUCGAAACUUUUCCUUCUAGCCUUUUUUUUUUCUAUACAAGAAUCCUUCUUCUCUAAUUCUCUAUAUAUCUUCCUCUAACCCAGUCUUCUUCACUUCUUCCUCUAAGUUUUCAUCCGCGUUCUUCAGCAACAUACAAGUCGCAUAAGCAUCGGAUUUCCCCCACUGUCAUAUUUUCUGCAUCAGCCACGAUGGUGGAGAAGAUCUACGUCACUUACAACGAUGUCCACAAGCUCUGCCAAGAGGCAGCACCCAAGAUUCUGAGUUCGUUCAACCCGCAACUCAUCAUCGCCAUCGGCGGUGGUGGUUAUGUACCGGCGCGAAUCUUGCGCUCUUUCCUCAAGCAGCCUGGCAGCCCCAACAUUCCUAUUCAGGCCAUCGGUCUCUCCCUAUACGAGCAGCUGCCCGUGACAGGCUCCUCGAACCCGAGCGAAGGCGUCGUCGACCAGAUUGGAACCAAAGUCACCCGUACCCAAUGGCUUGACCUGAGCAGCCUCGGCGAGAUCCAAAACUUGGUUGGUAAGCGCAUCUUGAUCGUAGACGAAGUCGACGAUACGCGAACGACGCUCGAGUAUGCGGUCAAGGAGCUAGAGAAGGACGUCGAAGAGGCACGGAAAAAGUUGGGCAAUGACGAGAAGACAGAGUUCAGCAUCUUCGUUUUACAUAACAAGGAUAAGCAGAAGAAGGGCACGUUGCCCGCGGAUAUGAUAGAGCAGUCGCGAUAUCUAGCGGCGAGGACGAUAGGUGACGAAUGGAUAUGCUAUCCGUGGGAGGCAACGGAUAUCGACCUGCACGAUGAGCUAGCGAAAAAGCAAAAGAAUAGAAACGGCGCCGCUUAGGUGCCAUUAGUGCCAUUAACAAAAAAUGGCGUGGCACGAGUCUUUUCUUUUCGGGUAGGUAGGAUAGAUAUUGCGUGCUAGAUAGACACCACGAGCAGCUCGAUACGCAUCGAGGACUUAGGCGCUUCAACCA